AUGCGCGUUUCUGGAUGCGGGCUCCGCGGCGGUCAGGAGACAGCGGCGCCCCCGGCCUCCCUCGGCUCCUGCCGGGUCGCUGGCCGGCCCCGGGCGGCGGGGAGCUGGCUUUUCCGACAGCGUUGCCGCUCGGGGUGGGCGGCCGCCGCGCUCCCCGCCGCCGACUUACUCUGCCGCAGGCGGCCAAAGUCCAGGGCUGCCUCCCUCGGACGCCGAGCGCAGGAAGAAGGUCAGGGUGGGCUCGCGGGAGCAGGGGGCGACCCGGAGCGAGCGGGAGCCCCCGGCGCCGCCCCCGCGCCGCGCCCGCCCCCGCCGCACCCCCGGGGCGGGCGCCGGGCCGCGCCGCCUCAUGACCAGCAAAGGGAUUUCACCUCGUCCUUGAGAGCAACACGGGGAGCGCGAGCGAGCAAGAGCCGGGGGAGAGGGACACGCGCGCGCACACGCCCGACACACGCGCGCAGACACACGCGCGCACACUCACACUCACACACACACACGCACACACGCACAGGGCAACGGGCGAGCCGCCGAGCCCUGCGCCGUCUCCUCCCGGGGGGCCCCCCGCCUGCCCCUGUGCCACUUUGCAUCCCGCGCCGGAGGAGGAGAGGUGGACCAGCCCGGGUAAGGCUUUUUCAUCAGUCUGUGGUACAUAUACACACUUCAAGAGGAUCCUUAGAAAUCGUGGACAAGCCUCCCCAUAUGUGGCAGGUGCUGUGCUGGCUACUGGUGACCCAAAGAUGAUGAAAACUAUGAUCCUGC